UAUAAAAGGCGGAGAGACCCACCCCCCACCACUCCCAUUUACCGUGUAGAGAGAGCGAAGUGGAAGGUUGCUCACGUUUUGCUCCUUCUUCAGAGAUUUGACUGUUAGGUUUCUCAUCGGAUUCUUCGUUCAUCGGCCUACAAGCUUGUCAAUUCUCGAGGAUCUGUGUCGUAUGAGCCUCGGGUUUUGAAGAAGAUGGAUCUAUCUUCCCAACGACAAUCCCCAAAUGGUUCCAGGGGGUUUCGCCUUCAAGCUCCAUUGGUGGAUUCCGUAUCUUGCUACUGCAGAGUAGAUUCAGGUCUCAAGACCGUUGUAGAAGCUAGAAAGUUUGUUCCUGGCUCAAAGCUUUGUAUCCAACCCGACAUCAACCCCAAUGCUCAUCGCCGCAGCAAGAACUCUAAGCGAGAGAGGACAAGAAUCCAGCCUCCGCUUCUCCCUGGCCUCCCUGACGAUCUAGCCGUCGCUUGCCUCAUCCGUGUCCCUCGUGCAGAGCAUAGAAAACUCAGGCUUGUGUGUAAGAGAUGGUACCGGCUUGCUUCUGGUAACUUUUUCUACUCUCAGAGGAAGCUACUUGGGAUGUCUGAGGAAUGGGUUUAUGUUUUCAAAAGAGACCGUGAUGGGAAGAUCUCUUGGAAUACGUUUGAUCCCGUCUCCCAGCAUCCCCAGCCGCUUCCUCCUGUUCCUAGAGAGUAUUCAGAAGCUGUUGGGUUUGGUUGCGCUGUUCUAAGCGGUUGUCAUCUUUACUUGUUUGGAGGUAAAGAUCCUCUAAGAGGAUCAAUGAGGAGGGUUAUUUUCUAUAAUGCCAGGACGAAUAAGUGGCACAGGGCGCCUGAUAUGCUUAGGAAGCGACACUUCUUUGGUUCAUGUGUCAUAAACAACUGCUUGUAUGUAGCGGGUGGGGAGUGCGAAGGGAUACAGAGGACACUACGGUCGGCUGAGGUUUAUGAUCCGAACAAGAACAGGUGGAGUUUUGUUGCUGAUAUGAGCACAGCGAUGGUGCCUCUUAUCGGUGUGGUUUAUGAUAAGAAGUGGUUUCUCAAGGGUCUUGGGUCUCACCAACAGGUCAUGAGUGAAGCUUAUGACCCUGAGACCAACUCAUGGAGGCCGGUCAGUGACGGGAUGGUUACCGGUUGGCGAAACCCGUGUACUUCUCUAAAUGGUCGUCUCUACGGAUUGGACUGUAGGGACGGGUGUAAGCUCAGGGUGUUUGAUGAAACCACGGAUUCAUGGAACAAGUUCAUGGACAGUAAAGUACACUUGGGAAACUCGAGGGCGCUUGAAGCUGCGGCUCUUGUCCCGCUGAACAAUAAGCUUUGCAUAAUACGGAACAACAUGAGCAUGAGUUUGGUUGAUGUAGCGAAUCCUGAUAAGAACAACCCUCGAGUAUGGGAAAACAUUGCGGUGAAAGGACAGUCCAAGAGCAUACUCAGUAAUAUAUGGUCGAGUAUCGCAGGGAGAGCUGUGAAAAGCCAUAUUGUGCAUUGCCAAGUGCUUCAAGCCUAAUGUUGAGAAUCGCAGCAGCUCUUGUUAGUAUUUUGUUUUCUGUGAUCUGUAAAUCUCUCAAAUCUUUUGUCUAUAAUUUGAAUCAAAUCGAAAUAUGAA